AUGCUAUCCGCUGAUAGAUCGUUACCGUUGGAAUGCAACAAAACACCGUACGCGCCGAGUGAAAGCGAAUAUCCGUAAGAAGUUUCACCUCGUUUAUGCGAAGGGACUUUUUUGUCAAUCUUAUUAUACUUAUUGCUUUCUAGAUGGAACAUGCUUUAUACGCUAUUAUACAAUGCCGAUAAUCUAAACCACUUAGGUACAGUUAACAGUAUUAUAUUUUACACUUGCUCAUUAUACUUACUCUCAUCAGGGUUAGGAUGUCACUGUAAUCUUAUAGUUGCUAAAUUUUAAAUUUUAUAAAUGCGAGGCAGAUAAGAUGUAUAGAAAUCAGAGUAUUAUAACUUGGAUGCAACUCCUUUUGUUUUUCUACACAGCGUAACACAUAAUUUUAUAGCGACUAUGUCAACUAGAGUAAGUUCCAAGUAUGUUAAUUUAGAUAGUGGAUACAAUAGAGUGAGUCAGUCGUAAAAACCAUAUCUGACCUAGAGAAAAGAAAUAGAGAGACGAAAGUGUUUGAUUAAAGGAGUUUCUAUCUUGAUAUUUAAGAAUGCUAUACACUUAAAAAAAAUUUUUUUUUUUAAUUCGUGGACUUCAGUUCGAACUCAGUUUUUCAGUUUAAGAUAUCCAUCUUCAUUAGUCAAUUCGUUAAUUAUUUCAAUCUAUAAUUGAAAUUUAUGAACGAAAGGGUUACAAUAAAAUGUUGCAUCUCAUCAAUAAAUUCUUUUUGAAAAUUACAGAUAAAAUAGUUCGAUAUAAAAAGUUAAUAAAAAUCUAUUAUAAUAAUCAGAUGAGAUGAUGACAAGGAUUUAUUGCACUCUCACGUGACCAUAAAGAUUUGAUGUAUGUGUUCUAAAAUUAUAUCGUAUUUGUCUAUUGCUCUUGUUGAAUAUAACUCUAUUUUGAUGAAAUUAUUAAACUUUUAAACUUUCUAUUUAGCAUUGUGCCAAUAUUAGUAGUAUGUAUGUGAAGCAAAAUAGUAUGACUUCUCGGAGAUAAAGUAUUUCUUCCUAAAUUUAUAUUUUAGACUGAUACGAAAACUAAAAAUUCUUAACAUAUCAUGUAACCAACAACUGAUAUGUUAUUUUUAUUGACACAUGUUAUUUUAUUUUAUUUUAUUAUAUAUCUGCUUCACAGAAUAUCCAAAUUGAUCGACUCUAUUUUUAAAAUUAUUUAAAACUUUGAUUCACUUUGCCAAAUCUACUUGAAUUGCUUAACUUUCUAUAUCUGAAAUAAAUUUCCUUAAUGUAAUUAGAUUGAACGAUAAGCGACAAAAGUCUUUUUGGUCGUAGAAUAACAAUUUAUUUCAAAAGUCAAUAUGGUUAUUUCAAAAAUACACUAUUUAAACUUUAGAGAAAUUCAAAAAAAAAAAAAAAAGGAACGUACAAAUGUGUAUUAUUUUACAAGUUUCUCUACUUCUCUACUUGUUAAUCGAUUCGACUCAUAUACUUGCAUGGUUACUAGACAUGUCCACGUGUCACUGUACAAUAUUAACGAGAUACUAACGUUCCAUUCAUAGAUCGCCAAAAUCUUAGCCUUGCAACUCAAGGACCUGCAGUUCAAAUUUCUUCCUCACUUGCACUCAAACAAGUGAAACAACAUGUGCAACGCAUUUGCAAGCGCAACUGAAACCAUAUUAUGUCGCAUGGAGCCCUCAAUUAUUGUGUAGCCGUCGGCCAAAGUCAAAGCACAGAAACGGUGGAAAAGCUGAUCGACUGGCGAACGUCUUCCUCUGCUUCAUCGAGAGAUCGUGCACGAUGGUGUUCGUAUUCGCGUUGGAACCAUCGACGGCGGUGUGCUCGGUCGUCGCGGUAUCGACUUUGGCCGGUGGUGGUGGCUGUUGUCGCGGCACAGUUGGUGUCGCGGAGGGAGAGAACGCGGGUCGCGGCUGCGCCACUCUCCGGGUCCGUCCAGCUGCAGCGGCUCGCGAGAGGAACCCACGGGGACACCUGUCUCCCCCGCGUAACCGUGAACAUCCGGCGAGGACCGCGCCGCCGACGACGACGACGACGCCGAUCGUCACCAGGGAGACCACCGCGCUACCACCGCGACCGCCGCCAAGUGCGACUACGCGCCUCCACUCGGGUGUGAUCCAACGAGGCUGUGUUUCAACGAGACGGACAAGAUCGACGUUCGUGGUGGAGGGCUGGCUAAUGCACCGCGGCGGCGGUGUCGCCGGAAGCGGUGCUGCUGGAGGAGCCGCUGGUAUCGCCGGAGGAUCAGCCGGAAGUAGCGCGUUACCUUCGACGAGUCACCGCGGCCUCGAACUGGAACAUCCGUCGGCGAUGCCCGGUGCCCCGGGUUUCCAUUGGGGGGCGAUGCUCGCCGGCCACCAUGCGGCCGCUGCGGCGAGCAUGAUGCAACCACCUCUGUCCGCGGCCGGUGAGUACACCCCCGCGCCGGCACACCAUGGCCCUACUCACCCUGCCAUGCCCAUGGACCUUCACGUUCAUCAGGGAUUCCCUUACUACAGGUUAGUCUAA